AUGAAAUGGUGGCAGUUUUAUCUUUAAAUGGCUUGAGUGCACACAGACGGUGUGUAUGUACAUGUAGGAUGUUACUGUAAUGUCAGCUACAGUGAGGUUAUACACUUAAGGCCGUAUCUGUAAGCGGGACAGCUAACUGACGUUAACGUGAAGAGCUCCGCGGUGUGCUGGUUUGGUGUGUGUGUCUAGUGUGUGCGUGUGUGUGUGUGUGUGUUUGGUUGCCAGCUUGAACAUUUGUUACUGCAAGGCUGGCAUAGAAAUGGCAUCAAUAGCAGCGGCGCAUGAGCCAGGUAUAAGCCCGGGCUCCAUACCGCUGGCGGACGCUUUAGUCCCCGCGAGUAUAUUUGCUCCAGACCGGGGAGGAUGCGGGGACGACGCCGCGGACGAGUGCUUCGACGACGGGGACAUGAUGAAUGGCGAGCCCGAGGACCGUGGGGCUGACUUCACCAACAAGCUGGCACUUGUGAGCCCAAAUGGAGAGCAGUAUGACUCGUUACUUCGCCAGCUACGGGACAGGAUGGAAGAGGGAUGUGGAGAGACCAUCUAUGUGGUUGGCAUGGGCUCAGAUGGUGGUGACUGGGGUCUGGAUGAAAAGGAUAUGGAUGCCUCAGUAGCCACGGUGCACUCCAUGUGUGAGCAAGUGGACGCUGACCUUAUUCCGCUCCGGGAGCGCAAUGAGGCUGCCGGUUUGGUACGUGACUAUCUGAUCCGCCGGCGUGUGGGUGAGCUAGACUUCCUGGAGGUCAGGGUUGCAGUGGUGGGCAACGUAGAUGCCGGUAAAAGUACUCUGCUGGGAGUGUUAACGCACGGAGAGCUGGACAAUGGCAGGGGCUUUGCCCGCCAGAAGCUCUUCAGACACAAACACGAGAUGGAGAGUGGCAGGACCAGCAGUGUGGGCAAUGAUAUCCUGGGCUUUGACCAGGAGGGACAGGUGGUGAACAAACCAGAUAGUCACGGAGGAAGCCUGGACUGGACCAAAAUCUGUGAGAAGUCCUCCAAGGUCAUUACUUUCAUCGACCUGGCUGGCCAUGAGAAAUAUCUCAAGACAACUGUAUUUGGGAUGACUGGACACCUACCAGACUUCUGCAUGCUCAUGGUGGGCAGUAAUGCAGGUAUUGUAGGGAUGACCAAAGAGCACCUGGGCCUGGCCUUAGCCCUGAAUGUGCCUGUGUUUGUAGUGGUAACCAAGAUAGACAUGUGUCCAGCCAACAUCCUGCAAGAGACACUGAAGCUGCUCCAGAGGUUACUGAAGUCGCCCGGCUGUAGGAAGAUCCCUGUCCUGGUGCAGAACAAGGACGACGUCAUAGUCACGGCUUCAAACUUCAGUUCGGAGAGGAUGUGUCCCAUCUUUCAGAUCUCCAAUGUGACUGGAGAGAACAUGGACCUGCUCAAGAUGUUCCUCAACCUGCUUUCCUCCAGGACCUCCUACCGAGACGACCAGCCCGCUGAGUUUCAGAUAGAUGACACCUACUCUGUACCGGGAGUGGGAACAGUAGUAUCAGGAACUACUUUACGUGGACUCAUACGUCUGAAUGACACAAUGCUACUAGGGCCGGAUCCCUUGGGCAGCUUCAUCCCCAUUGCUGUCAAAUCGAUCCACCGCAAGAGAAUGCCUGUGAAGGAGGUCAGAGGUGGCCAGACUGCCUCAUUUGCUCUCAAAAAGAUCAAGCGUUCGUCCAUAAGGAAAGGCAUGGUGAUGGUUUCCCCAAGGCUGUGCCCACAGGCCACAUGGGAGUUUGAGGCAGAGAUCCUGGUACUGCACCAUCCCACUACGAUAUCCCCCAGAUACCAGGCCAUGGUCCACUGUGGCAGCAUAAGGCAGACGGCCACCAUCUUGUCUAUGAACCGGGACUGCUUACGGACAGGGGACAAGGCUUCAGUCCACUUCCGCUUCAUCAAGACCCCUGAGUACCUGCACUGCGACCAGAGGCUGGUGUUCAGGGAGGGACGCACCAAGGCUGUGGGCACCAUCACCAAGCUGUUGCAAUCCACCAAUAAUUUGCCGUCAAAUUCCAAACCUCCACAAAUCAAAAUGCAGCCUACAAAGAAGGCACCACUCCGAAAAGAGGACGGCACCAUGGCAGCCGGUGAUGAUGUAGCAACGAUAGCACAAUCAGCAGGCCCGAACGCGACACAACCGGGAGAGGGAGAUGAAGACCCUCAGAUAAAGGAGGGCAACAAAGAGAACAAGCCAAAGUCUGGAGGAGGUGGAAGGCGAAGGGGUGGCCAGAGGCACAAAGGAAAAAGCCAGAACAACAGCACCAACUCCCCAACAGCUCCCACCUCAUCGGGAAUAGGAGGCUGCUGAACUACCCUCUCUUGUCCCCUGUAAACCUCCCUCUCUGCUAUCACUCCACCAAGUGUCUUCAUUCCACAAACCAUGAAGGAUACAGAUGUUUGGAGUAAGACACUCCUCACUCUUAUUACGCCUUGCCUUUUUACACCAGGGCUUACAGUUGUUUUUUUAAAAAGGGAACACAAAGGGGUAUGUCCCACACCAAAGGGCAUACACCCGUAAUGCAUUUUAAUGUCUCUGCCUUUACCACUUGGAUUGGUUUGUGUGAUGGUAAGCAGUGUGGUUUCUGAGGUUAGCCUCACUCAGGUUGAUGAUUUAAUUUUAUCCAUAAUUUAUGUGUCUAUGAAAUCUACAGUUCAGUCCUCUGGCUUAAUGUCAGUUGGAGGGAGGGAGGCUAAACCCAAAACAAGGGUCCAGUACCAAUAUGAGCAGCUAUAAAUGAAACUCCCCCAUGCAUUCCCUGUGUAUUUGCAAUGAAAAACAUUAAUUGUACUAUUUAUACUGCAUAUGUAAAUUAGCUGUUAGUUGUGCUCUGAUUGGAAAGAUGCCAUUAUUGUACAAAAUGUAUGCAAAUCAUAAAUGAAUGUAGCAGAGGGCACGUAGUGAUUUCAAAUUCUAGAUAUAUGGAAAAUAUGAGCUGUUGCAAUUUAUAAUUGUCAGUUAUUUAUUUGGCAUACAUGCAGAACGUUCACUCUUGGAUGGUCUUAGAUCUUUCAACCUACUAUCACUUGCACUCUUAGAUUCAGUAGUAUCUACCAUGCUUCCACUGUCAGUCAGCCAUUUUCCAAACCUUAUACCAAUAGUGUUAGUACAGACAAAUACAGCACAUUAUCUUGUCACUCCAACAGUUGCUCUUGAUUAUAAGACAUGCAGUACUUGUGGUGCUACUUGUAACUCUAGUACCCCAUGCGUUAUGGCCUGUUGCUGUUAACAUGUUGUGACAUUUUAAACACACUUUGCCGCUAAAGAACUGACCAUUAAUAAACAAGCUUUACUGAACAGUAACAGUACUUUUCAACAGUACUUGUCUUUCUAAAUGUCAAUUUGUCUCAUAUUUCCUCAUUACAUAUUAAAAAUCUUAACACUG